UAAACGCGGGAAGUUCGGAAUUAACCUUUCAAAGUUUGAUAGAAAAGGCAAAUAUACAAUGAUUGUCACUGAAAAUCAACAAAAUAAGGAUGAGGAGAUGGAUAAAUUUUCAGAAGAAAUAGACAUCCCACAUGUCCCAGCAGAACAAAAAACAGCAUCUCAUAAAAGUUUGAUCCAAAUUACACAGGAAAAAGAAAUAAAUCAGCUUGAAGAAGAGAUAAAAAGUUUAGAAAACUUGCUUCAUCAAAGAAAAGAAUUACUAAACAAGCAUUUUGAAAAGAAAUAUAAUGUUGACAAAUCUCCUAAAACAGUAGAAGAUUAUAGAGAGGAAUGUGAAGAUAUCCAACGGAAGAUUGAGCUUACAACAAAAUUAGCAGGAAUAUCAAUUCAAGAGCUGACCCAUAAUCCAUUAAAAUCAGGAGAUAUUGUGCAAUAUAAUCUAAAGGGACAGUGUAUGGACACCAAAUUUAAAGUAGAAUUUGAAUGUAUGGAAAAGAAUGAAGAUGAUAACAGUUUAAAAUUAACUAAACUGGAUAUAUUUGUUCCUGAAAAUAUACAGGAUGAAUUACAGAAAUUUCUAAUCAGCAUGUCUGAGGAUAGAUCUAUUUGGAGUUUUUUCCAGUUGAUUGUUCCAUUUUCUAGAUGGCAUAGACAAAGAAUAAACACGUUUCAACAUUUUGUUGACAAAUAUCCUGAUUUGGUUAAAUUGGAGGAGGAAAGUUUCAUUCCAUAUCUAAUUAUAAAAAAUAAUACAGUGACACAAGGUCCUGUUUUUUGUAUCAGUUGGAAAUUUGAAGUAGACCAAGUUUACAGAGCGAAGUCAAGAUUGGCACUGUCAAUGAAGAUUCCUGAUUACAUUGAACGGCAAGAUAAGGACCAAACAUUACAGAGAUCCACAGAGAGAUUUGAAGAUGCUGUAGAAGAAUUAGGAAUCGAACAUGCAAUUGAAACUAUUAUUAAAUUGGGUUCACUGUGUUAAUUACAGACAUUUCAACCUUGUAAAAAUUACUAUUAGAUAUACAGUAUAACCUUUUCAUACAGAAACUUGUGUAAACUAAACAAUUGUAACAGGACAUUAAAUAUUCUUAAGUUAUUUAAACUGUGAAAACCUGUCUAAUCCAAACAAAGUUGCAUCCUUUUAGGAAUUUGGUUGAGAUAAGUUUCAAUGUAGUUGUAAAAUAGUAAAGAUACAUAAUUAUUGCACAAAAACAGUCAAACAUUUUUAAUUGAUUUGGCUUUCAUUAUGAUUUUUGUUUGGUACAUACAAUAAAUGUGGUACUGUGCUAAUUUUACAUAAAACUAAAAAAAAAAUGCAUGAAAGUGAGUUCUCCCAAUUGUAGCCUCCUUUAUUUGUGGGAAAAUCAUUCUAAAAUUUUGUAUAUGCAGAGCAAAAAUUACUAAAAAUUAUGAAAAAAAACCAGAUAUUUAUCUUCUGUUUCAAUUCAAAAAGACAAAAGAUUUAUUUAUAUCUUCCUAUGAUUAAUUUUGUGCCAUUAUCAAUUUUUAAGAUUUGAAUUUCUGAGAUAAGAUUUCAUUAUUAUGAAGUCAUUGUGAAUGUUGGACAUUCAUUAUCCCAUUAAUAAUUAUCCCACACAAAACUGUAAUGACUUCCCUAAAUUGCAUAACCCAAAUGUAAUUGAAAAUUGAGCAAUUAUUAGAAAAAACUUUCAUAAUGAAUGUUAGAUAAACACACUUGUGUAGGAACCUAGAUGUUUUUAAAAAAAAUCCUUUCAAAACUCUAUUUUGUAGGCUUUAAUUACUUCACACUUAAGUUUUUGCCAGAAUAGUAUGUUUUUGUCUUGCCUGUGACAAAAGUUGUGGAAACAAGACUCAGGCUUGUUGUUUCUGCGUCGGCAUUAAAGGCAGUGUUGAUAAAGAUUGUGAUUAGGUCAGUUAAAGACGAACUUGUAAGAAAUCAUAUCGGUAACCUGAGGCACAUCUUAUUUCCAUGGAGAUAAUUUGGCUUGUCAGAGUCCAUUGACUUUGAAACUUUAUACAUUGUACUAUCUAAAUUACACACAGGUGAGACAUAUCUCUAAAUUGUAUAGGAUAUUUUGGCGUAUAAACUAGCUUUAAGGUUAUUUUCAAGUUGUUCAAAUAUCUUAUGUCUUUUUAAUGAUUGUGGCUUUUGUGAAAUAUAUAAUCCACCAAUGCACGUAAAUUUCAAUUUUAUCAAAAUCAAUGUUAAUCAGUGCUUCAAGACCAGUUAUUUAAAAAUGGUUCGCUGACUAAAAACUGAGUGGGGAUUUUUCUUUUCUUUAAAUUUUAAAUAGAAUUCAAUUCAGCACUAUACCUAUUGAAAUUAAAGCAGGGUCAUAGGAGAAAUGUUCGUAAUUGAGGGUGUGUAACAUAGAUUCCCAUCAAAACAGAGAGAUGGGGAAAUAUACAAAAAGAUGAGUGAAUUUGUCUGACUUGUGGAACUGAUCUUAGGGGUGCUCAUAAUAACAUAACAGUAAAGUAAAAAUAAUACUCUAGAAGAUUUAAAAAAGAAAUCUAUACCUAUGUAUUGGCUAGAUUUUUGCACCUGUCCCAAGUCAGGAACCUCUGGCCUUUGUUAGUCUUUUUUAUUUUUUUAAAUUUUGGUUCAUUUAUAUGUUUCAGAGUUAGUGUGACAUCCAUUUUCGCUGAACUAGUAUACAUUAUUGUUUAGGGGCCAGAUGAAGCCUGCCUCCAAUGCUGGAUAUUCUAGCUGUGUUGAAGGCCCAUUGGUGCCCUUGGCCUGUUUUCUGCUCUUUGGUCAGGUUGUUGUCUCUUUGAUGCAUUCCCUGUUUCCAUUCUCAAUUUUAUUAUAUCAAAAAGUAAAGAGAGUGCAUGGUAUUCUAACAUUGUGCAAUAACAAUUUGUUGUUUAAGAUAUUAAUUUUUAUCCAAAAGUUUGAAAAAAAUGUUGAUUUUAAUCAACAACUGUAAUAUCUUGAUAUAUGAUAAUGGAUUAACUGUUAAUAGUAUGUAAUGUGUGUACUUAUAUAUUUUGUUAAUUAUACUCAUGUUACACAGCUGAGAUUUUUCUAAUAAACUAUGAAACUAUGAAAAAA